AUUACAUGUAUAAAAACAAUCGAAAAGAUCUCGUGGUAAACUUCUUCUUAGUUUCUUCAGAUCAAUAAACAAAAACUCAUAUGCAAUUUCCUCGAUCAGCAAAUAAGAACCCAUAAAUCAAAUUGAUCAUUGUUUGUAGGCCGGUGGGCCAAACAUAAAGAAUAGUAGGCGUAAUUUUGUAUAAAAGGGUCAAAAAACCUUUCCUGGUAUCACAACUCCAUAACUACCGUGCUCCUAGUCCACAAUAGAGAAAGAGAGAGAUCUUAUCCAAUGGCAGUAGAGGCAGUAGUAUCUGUGGUGUUACAGAAACUAACAGACAUGCUGAAAGGGCAUUCACAAACCCAAAACAAAGUCAUAGUCUACGACGUCCAGGAGAUCAUUAAGUCGCUCAAUUCAUUGAGAAAGUUGAUGGAAAUCAACCAGCAACCAGAAGCAUACCUUGAUGCUGUGUACAACAUCGAAGACGGGAUUGAGAAGUUCACUCUCAUUGUUGCUUGCAGGAGGGACGUAUUUGGUUUCUUAACAAACCAUAUUUUCUUCUUCAACAACUUGAAAUCUUGCUACAAGAUUCACCAGAAAGUAAAGAAAAUCACUACACAACUGAUGUACCUAAGAGAUCAUCAACCUCACCAGAUCAGGACUCCUAUAAAAGAAGUUUCAAACGAAGAAAAAGCUGAUAAAGAACCUGUGGGUGAAAAUCAUAGAACUGUAAAAAAUCACACCCCUUCACAGGGUUCUUCUUAUACUUCAGAAACACAAGAAACAAAUCAUGUAGGCUGUAUGGAUGAACUAAGCUUCAGUUACUCAUGCAACGAAGAAGAGAUUCAGAUUGUCGGUGUCAAAGAACGUUUUCAGCAAAGACGGCGAAUUUCAAGCUUUUCCUACAAAGAAGAAGAUUUGGGAAUCUUUGGGCUGAAAGAAGAUGUCGACAUUCUGGUUGAUCAUCUCACCAACAACAGUACUGAACAUGUUGUCUCUAUUGUUGGUGAAAGGGGUAUAGGCAAAACAACACUUGCUCGCAUAAUCUACAAAAAUAAAGACAUCAAGCGCCAUUUUCAAUUCUGUGCUUGGGUUUCGGUGUUGGAGAAAUACUCCACAAAAGACAUACUGCUCAACUUAUUCAAGGCAACCCAAAGUAUCACGGAUAAACCCAUUAAUAUGGAUGAUGAGAAAGCAGUGAAGUUGAAGCUUUCAUCAUACCUGAAGAAUAAACGGUACUUGGUUAUCUUUGACGGCUUAAGUACUUGCAAUAACUUGGAAGUUUUAAAGGAAACCUUACCAGAUGAAAAGAAGGGAAGUAAGCUGCUCUUGACUUGUUUAAAAACGAUCGAAACUCCACAGAUGAAGAUAGUUUCGCAUCGUAUGAUGCCUCUAACUGAAGACGACAGCUGGAACAUGUUCAGAGAGAAGAUCGGGAAAGAACAAAGUUGGACUCUGGUUCCAGAGAAAUCAAAGCUUGCAAUUCUACAGAGCUGUAAGGGUCUACCCCUGAAUAUUGUCCUACUUGCAGGUUUUUUCUCCAUGAAGGAUCCAAGCAUCUGGUCUCAAGUUUUCUGUUGUGAGCAAAACUCUGUAAACAUAUUGUCUCUUUGCUUUAACGACUUGAGCGACCACUUGAAGGUAUGCUUGCUUUAUUCAGUGCUUUUUCCUAAAGGCUUUGACAUUCCAGUAAGGAGGUUACUGCGGCUGUGGCUUGCGGAAGGCUUUGUCAAACAGGAUUCGACCAAAGUGUUUCCAGAGGAUAUCGCCCAAACAUAUUUUGAAGAAUUAGUCAACCGAAACAUGAUUCAGAUAUCAAAAUUGAGAUCUGACAAUAGCCCAAGAAGAUGUCGCGUGGUUGGAGUUCUUCAUGAUUAUUUGUUGCCAAAAGCCCAAGAAACCAAUCUGUUUCACAACUAUCGUAAGUUGGUUAAUUCUGAAGAAGUAGAUUUUCCCAAUGUCCGUAGGAUAGUCGAAUAUGAUAGUCCAAACUCAUCCUCAAAUUAUUUCUCUUCGUUUACAUCAAAUGAGAGUCCAUCGUCCCCUAAGAAAUCACAGCCUAAAAGUUCUUUGUUCAAUCCAACCCACCUACGAUCUUACACGUCAUUUAACCAUCAGAAAACAGAUUACAUGCAUGCUAAGACAAUUGGAAAUCUUUUGGGACAUAUAGUCAAUAAUGGCUUUGGGUUAUUACGGGUGCUAGACUUAGAGGGCGUCUAUAAACCCAUCUUACCCGAAAACCUUGGUAACUUAUGCAAUUUAAGGUACUUAGGUCUGAGAUCGACAUAUUUAGAUACUCUUCCAUCAUCAGUCGGUGAAUUGACACACUUAGAAACCCUAGAUUUGAAGCAUACAUGCAUAGAUGAGCUGCCGUGCUCCAUUUGGAGACUGACAAAACUUUACCAUCUCAAUCUUAACGAAAUGCGUCUCAAUAUGCAUCCAAAGUACUCUUCCUUGAGGCUCUGGACAUUAUGGGGAUUGUCUUUGGAUGAGAAAGUCCCCAUAAAGGAUGGUUUAGACAGGUUGAAUGAUCUUAGAGAAUUGGGUAUUACAUUCCAGCUAAGCUCCAACCAGUAUGACUUAAUGGAAUGGAUCUCCAAGUUAACAGAAUUACGCUCCUUAAGGCUGCGAUCCAAAGAUAGUCAAGGGCGCCCUUCAAAACUUAUGUUUAAAUCAAUGUCAGAACUUGGGCAACUUUCCCAUCUAAACUUAUUGGGGAAUUUAGAAAAGCUACCUGAUUUAAAAGAAUUCCCACCAACGCUGAAGGUUUUGACAUUGUCAAUCUCACUGCUGAAGCAGGAUCCGAUGCAAACUCUCGGCCAACUUCCGUGCCUGACUGUCCUCCGGCUCUUGGGACAGUCCUACAUUGGGAAAGAAAUGGUUUCCCAUAAAGGAGGGUUUAGUAAGCUUAGGGUGUUGAAAAUGUGGAUGCUGAAGGAACUGGAGAGCUGGUUUGUUGAAGAAGGAUCGAUGCAAAGCCUUAAACAUCUAGAUAUCAGGUGUUGUGAUAAACUACGUAACAUUCCAAUCAGAUUGCUGCAACAACAGCAGUUAGAACACCUGGUAUUGACAGGCAUGCCACAUAUAUUCACAACCGAGGUCGAGCGCAUGAAAUCAGAUCACACGUCCAUAACCAUCAACGAUUGGAAAUUUCCAACUUUACCUUGAGAGAAAGAUGAUUCUACUUUGGUGAAACGUAGCUAAACUUCAGUCAAGCACCAGUCAUAUUCUCAGAUGCUUUUGGCGAACCUUUGUUUGUAGUCAAAAGUUUGUAAUUGUAGUGUGUUUCAUGAUUAAUUUCUCAUUGGCAAAUUGUACUUUAAUUUAUUCCUGCAUGCUCAAC